GCAGCCGCCGCCGAGCACUGAGCGCGCCCGGGCCGGCGAGGAGGAGCCGCCCCAGCCAUGGGCAACGAAGCAAGCCUGGAGGGUGGCGAGGGGCUGGCCGGGCUGCCCGAGGGGGCGGCGGCGGCGGCCGCGGGAGCCGGCGACGGGCCCCCCCCGCAGCGCCUCGGCCCGGCCGGCGUGGAGCUGCAGGCGGACCUGAGCCAGCUGAGCGAGGCGGAGCGCAGGCAGAUCGCCGCCGUGCUCUCAAGGGCGCAGGGGCUGCCCGGCACCGAGCCGCCUCCCUUGCCAAGACAUCCUGAGCAUGAUAUAAACCACUAUCCAAGACAAGCAGGUAAGCCUCCAGAUCCAGGGCCAUCCACUUUAAGUAAAAGUAGAACAGUAGAUGUAUUGAAAACAGAGCAACGAUUACCUGGAAGGAGCCCUUCUUCUACUAGUCUGAGGGAAUCGAAAUCCAGGACUGAUUUUAAAGAAGACCAGAAACCAAGUAUGAUGCCCAGCUUCCUCUCAGAGGCCAAUCCAUUAAGUGCAGUCACAUCAGUUGUAAACAAGUUCAAUCCUUUUGAUUUGAUAUCAGACUCAGAUGCAGCACAGGAAGAAGCCAACAGGAAACAAAAAGUUUUUCAGAAAGACCAAGGGAAGCCUGAGGAGCAAAAGGGACCUGCAAAACAUCCAGCUCAGCAACAACCUCCAAAGCCAGUGGUUCAGCCACAUGGAUCUGUCAAACCAAUACCCCAGCAAGCAGGACCUUCCAAACCAGCACCUCAACAGCAGCAACCGGGGGCAGUUAAGCAAGUUCAAAAACCAGGGCCUGUUCAACCAGCAGGCCUUCAGUCAGAAGCAGCAAAACUUCCAGCUCAAAUGCGAGGCCCACCAAAAUCUCAGACCCAGCAAUCAGAACCCAAGCUGCCAGCUUCCCAACAGCAGAGCCCUGCAAAACCUGCACCACAGCAACUGGGCACAACCAAACCGUUACCACAGCAAUCAGAUGUUGCUAGAGUGUCAUCCCAGGUACCUGCUCCCACAAAGCCAUUGUCACAGCAACCAGGACCUGGAAAGCAAGCAUUUCAGCCACCGGGACAGCAAACAGGUGCUGCAAAGCCAUCCCCUCACCAAACAGAGCCUGCUAAACAACCAUCUCAGCAACCUACACCUGCAAAGCCAUCUCCUCAGGCAACAGGACCUACAAAACAACCCUUGCAGCAGCCUGGACCUGGGAAGUCAUUUCCUCAGCAAACAGAACCUAUGAAACAACCACCACAGCAGAUGGGACCUUCAAAGCCACCAUCACAGCAACCAGUAAAGGCACCAUCACAGCAACUUGGACCUACAAGACCAUCAGGCCAGCAGCCAGGGCCUGCAAAACCUUUGCCACAAAAACAAGCAGCCGCAGCCCAGCCUGCUGAAUCUGCCCCAAAGAAAAGCUUCUGUCCUCUUUGCACUACUACUGAACUGCUGCUGCACAUUCCAGAGAAGGCCAAUUACAACACGUGCACACAGUGUCAAACCGUAGUCUGCAGCCUGUGUGGCUUUAAUCCCAACCCACAUAUAACAGAGAUAAAGGAGUGGCUCUGUUUGAAUUGUCAGAUGCAAAGAGCACGAGGUGGUGACUUAGCUCCAGUUCAUGGUCCUGGACCACAACCUCUUCCACCCAAACAGAAACCUUUCCUUCCGCCUUCAGUGACUAAAUCGCCUGCCCAACCCCAACAGCCUGUUCAAAAGAAAGAUGUUUCUCAAAAACCUGACCCUUCCCAGCCACUGGAAUCCAAAAAAGCCCCUCCAUUGACAAAGCAACCAUCUAUGUCUGGCUCUCCCCCUGUAAAAUCAAAACAUCCCCCCACUGAGCCUGUUAUUCCCCAGACCUCUAAACAAAUGGAACUGACAUCAAAAACUGACCAGGCCAAGCCAACUUUAUUUCAAGAUAAGCAAAAGCAACCAAGUAUACAAAAGCCUACAACUGACACUGUGACUACCUCUUCAGUACCCAGUCCGAAACAGGAUUCAGCAGGUCCCAAACCUCCACCGACCCAACAGAAAGCAGCGGAUCUUCAGAGAUCGGAAACUUCCAAGUCAUUGCAAGAAACCUAUCUGGCUGGGGAGAAACCUCAGCUGCCAGAUUCCAAAAGCCUACCCCAUGUGUCUCAGCAAAAACUGGAUCCUAAACUUGUUUCUCAGCCUGGGCCUGGAUCAAAUGUUAAAGGUCAAAAACCCGUUGGGCCACCAACACAAGUGAAAGAAGAUCCUAAGAAGGUACAGACAAAAGCUACCCCAAAGAUGGAUGCUAAGCAGGUUCCGAAAGGUCCACAAGCAGCUGUAGGCCCCAGGCCUACUCCAGGGCAGCCACCACCCCCACCCCAACAGCCUCAGAAAGCUCAAGAGCAAACAAGACGUUUCAGUCUUAAUUUGGGAGGAAUUACUGAUACUCCUAAACCUCAACCUACAACUCCACAAGAAACAGUUACUGGAAAACUCUUUGGAUUUGGGGCUUCAAUCUUUAGUCAGGCAUCAAAUUUAAUCUCCACAGCAGGUCAGCCAGGAGCUCAUUCAUCAGGACCUCCACCAGGGCCUGCUGCUAAGCAGCCCCCACCUCCCUCACAACCCCCUGCCUCUCAAGUACCAUCCAAAGAGUCCAGUCAGGCUCAGCCAUCUCCAAAAGCAGGACCUGUAAAAAAAGAUGCCAAGCCUCCUGCGAUAGAAAAACCAGAGCUACCCAAAGCUGAUAACAUUGUAACAAUGAAAGAAUCUGAGUUAGAAAAGAAACCGACUGUGGCUAAAGACAGCAAGCCUCCAGUUGCUGAAUCCAAAAAACUGCCUGGGCCAACCGAACCACAAAAAACCACGCUGUCUAAAUCAACUUGUCCUCUUUGUAAAACUGAACUAAAUGUUGGUUCUAAGGAGCCACCCAACUUUAACACGUGUACAGGAUGCAAGAGCAUUGUGUGCAAUCUCUGUGGAUUUAAUCCUAUGCCACACAUAGCUGAGGUGCAAGAAUGGCUCUGCCUAAACUGCCAGACACAAAGAGCAAUAUCAGGACGACUUGGGGACAUGGGCAAAAUGUUGCCUCGGAUGCCAGUCCCUUCACAGUCAGUAUCCAAACCAUUUGUUCCCCAGAGCCAGCCUAUGCCUACUGAGCCACAUCACUCUCAGAAGACUUCAACACUGCCGGUCCAAACUGUGGAAAAAUCAAAAGAAGAACCAGCAGUUACAAAGGAUGUUCCAAAAGUUCGGCAGCCAAAACUUACCAAGACACCCUCAGUUGAAAAAAUUCAGCAGGGGAUUCAAAAGGAAGAUCCAAAACUUCAGCAGAGGAAACUAUCAAAAACAUCCUCAAUCGAUAAAACUCAGGGGAUUCAAAAGGAAGACCCAAAGCUUCAACAGGUGAAAUUGGCAAAGGCACUUUCAGCUGAUAAAAUUCAACCUGGAGUCCAGAAAGAAGAUCCAAAACUUCAGGGAAAACUGACAAAGACCAUUUCAGCUGAUAAAAUCCAACAAGGAAUUUGGAAGGAAGAUACAAAACUCCAGCAGCAGAAACUGGUCAAGGUACCACCAGCUGAUAAAAUCCAACCGGGAGUUUUGAAGGAAGAUCCAAAGCUUCAGCAGGAGAAACUGGUCAAGGCAUCAUCAGCUGAUAAAAUCCAAAUGGAAACUGAGAAGGAAGAUCCAAAACCGCAAAAGGGAAAACUAGCAAAGACAUCUUCAGUGGAUAAAAUUCAUCCAAAGAUAAGUUCAGAUCAAAAGCAACCCCUCAGCAAAUUGAUAGAUGAUAAGAAAUCUGCAUUACCAGAAAAGAAAGCGUCUCUUCCAGAGGACAGGAAAGAGCAGUUCCUAGUUGAAACUAAAGAAAAAAUUAUUGAAGAGAAAUUAGAAGUCAAAGGCCCUCCUAAAGAAUUUCAUGCUCAAAAACAGGAGGAAGUUAAGAAAGAGGAUUUGACACCUGGGCUUCCACAAAUAGCCUCCAAACCAGACAAAAAUAAGAAAGAAGACACUUCAGCUCAAGUUGCACCUGUGCCGAGACUGAACCUUGUGGAAACAGUGAAAGAAAAAACAGAAAAGGAGGAUGACAAAUCAGAAACAUCCAGUUCUCAGCAACAGAAAAGUCCACAAGGUCUGAGUGAUACCGGGUAUUCUUCUGAUGGGAUAUCAAGUUCACUUGGUGAAAUUCCAAGUCUUAUCCCCAGUGAUGAAAAGGAUCUACUCAGAGAACCUUCUAAAAAAGAUACCUUUCCACAAGAAAGUCCUCCAAGCCCCUCCGAUCUAGCCAAAUUGGAAAGUACUGUCCUGUCCAUUUUGGAAGCCCAGGCAAGUACACUUGCUGAGGAAAAAUCUGGAAAAACUGAAGACCUUUAUGAGCUAUAUGGUGAACAGACAAAGGAUCAAUAUAAAACAAAGGCUUUGCCAAUCACACCGGAAUCUUACAGUUCAGAUGAGGAAGACCUGGCAGACAUUCAAGAAGAAGAUGAAGAAGUCAUUGAAGAAGAUGGCAAACAAAGUAUACCUUUGCAGAAAGGAGAAAAGGUGGAUGCAAUAGAUGAUGCAUCAACAAGAAGGCAACGCUAUGAUUCUGUAGAAGAUAGCAGUGAAAGUGAAAACUCACCUGUCCCAAGGAGAAAAAGACAAACGAGUGUUGGCUCUUCAAGCAGCGAUGAGUACAAACAAGAAGACAGUCCAGGAUCAGGCGACGAUGAAGACUUUAUUCGAAAACAGAUUAUAGAGAUGAGUGCUGAUGAGGAUGCCUCAGGUUCUGAAGAUGAAGAAUUUAUUAGGAAUCAGCUCAAAGAAAUCAGUGGUAAUGAAAGCCAAAAGAAAGAAGAAGUGAAAGGCAAAGUUAAAGGGACAGCAGGAAAACACAAAAGGCUAACUAGGAAAAGUAGCACAAGCUAUGAUGAGGAUCCCGGAAGACGUCAUUCAUGGCAUGAUGAUGAUGAUGAGACUUUUGAUGAAAGCCCAGAACCAAAAUACAGGGAAAGCAAAAGUCAGGACAGUGAAGAGCUUGCUUUAACUGGUGGAAGUGGAGGUGGUGGCUUACGCCGUUUCAAAACAAUAGAACUGAAUAGUACAAUAGCAAACAAAUAUUCUGAGGUAUCCGAACAACAGAAAGGUAUUUUGUAUUUUGAAGAGCCAGAGCUAGAGAUGGAGAGUCUUACAGAUUCACCAGAAGAUAGAUCUAGGGGAGAAGGGUCUUCUAGUCUGCAUGCCUCCAGUUUCACUCCAGGUACCUCUCCCACAUCAGUGUCUUCUCUCGAUGAGGAUAGUGACAGCAGUCCUAGUCAUAAAAAAAUGGGAGGAGAAAGCAAACAGCAGCGCAAAGCCAGACAUAGGUCACAUGGCCCUCUCCUUCCAACUAUUGAAGACUCUUCAGAAGAAGAAGAGCUAAGAGAAGAGGAAGAGCUGUUAAAGGAACAAGAAAAACAGCGUGAAUUAGAACAGCAGCAAAGAAAGAGUUCAAGCAAAAAAUCUAAGAAAGACAAGGAUGAAUUAAGAGCUCAGAGAAGAAGGGAGCGUCCAAAGACUCCACCAAGUAAUCUUUCUCCCAUUGAGGAUGCAUCUCCAACAGAAGAGUUACGACAGGCAGCAGAAAUGGAAGAGCUGCACCGAUCUUCCUGUUCUGAAUAUUCGCCAAGUAUUGAAUCAGAUCCUGAAGGAUUUGAAAUCAGCCCAGAAAAAAUAAUAGAAGUGCAAAAGGUGUAUAAGUUACCCACAGCUGUCUCUUUAUACUCUCCAACAGAUGAACAACCAGUUAGGCUUUUAAAAGAAGAAAAUAAUCAAAAGGCAUUAAGAAGUGCUGAAGAGAUGUAUGAGGAAAUGAUGCACAAAUCCCAUAAAACCAAAUCAUUUCAAAGUACAAAUGAAAAAGACGAAGUGUUUGAAAAAGAAUCUUUAUAUGGUGGCAUGCUAAUAGAAGAUUAUAUUUAUGAAUCUUUAGUAGAGGACACAUAUAAUGGAGCUAUUGAUGCUAAUCUCAUACCAAGACAAGAUGAGAGUAAUGAAUUUAUACAACAGAGAGGGAGAGAGAGAAAAAUAAGAUCUUCUGAUCAGAUUUAUGAAGAACCUAUGCAGAAAAUUAAGGAUCUGCAGAAAGACUAUUAUAGUGUAGAGACUUUGCAUUCAAUUGUGCCACAGGAAGACAUUGUAUCUAGUUCUUACAUUAUUCCAGAAAGUCAUGAAAUAAUUGUCCUGGACAGUGUGGUAACUUCCGCCACUGAGGAAAAGCAGUUGUUAGAUGCAGAAGCCGCGUAUGAAGAGCUUAUGAAGCGACAAGGAAUGCAGCUGACCCCAGGCUCCAGUCCAACUCAGCCAACAUCAGAUUUAAUUCCUGGAUCAGAUACAAUGGGAUCUACAGUAAGAGAUACAGUGGAUGGUGCCUCAUUAACAUUAAGCACUCCUUCAUCAGUUUCAGACAUGUCUUCAGUCAGCAGCACAGUACUUUCUAUUCCAGAUGUUAAGAUAACCCAGCACUUUACAGUAGAAGAUAUAGAAGAUGAAUACCUAACAGAUUAUGCCAGAGAAAUUCAAGAAAUCAUAUCUCAUGAAACUUCAAUAUUAACAUAUUCUGAGGCAUCAGAAAGUGCUACAUCUGUUUUGCCUUCUGAUACAGCUUCUCUAACAUCAUCUACAUCUUCAGUUUGUACCACUGAUAGCUCAUCACCCAUUCCUGGAAUAGACAGGACAGGCAUAGGUUAUAUAGAUACAAUAGAUGCUUUAAGUAAAUUAGCAGAUUCUGAAGGGAUCAGCUCAAUAACUCAAGUCCCCAUCAGCUCCACAAAAGAGUAUGCUGAAACAACCACACCUUAUGAGCCUAUUGAUGUACCCCCUCAAAAGCCAGUGGUACGUGCAGGUCAUGUUGUGGAUCAUGUUGUAAUUUCCUUGCCUACAGCUGCACCUUCUGCAGUGACAAUUACAGAUAUAAAACUGAAGCAGUACACUUCUGACUCCAUCACCCUUGAUUUAUCCAUACCAGAGAAAGAUAGCGCUAGGGAAAUUAAGAGCACAGAGACGGCUGUUAUAACUAAAGUACUUUAUGAAGAUGUGCUCAAAGGAGUGGGUAUGGACACAGCAAGGAUUCACAUGGCUGAUGCUGCAUCUGACCAACCACCUAUAUGUAUAACAUCAAUUCCAGUAACAAAGCCAGCACCAACCACACCUGUAUCCACUACUAGUGUUGUAACUAAGAUCAGCACUGUUUCUGCAUUACCAUCUGUGACUUCCUCAGCUCCCCCUGUGACAUCCAAAAUAUGUUACUCACAAAGUAUCUCACUUUUCAGAAGUUCUUCUUUAGAUUAUUCUGAACAACCAUUGCCACCACCUCUCCAUCCUCUUCCUCCCCCUCCCCCUCCUCCACCAUUGCCUCCACCUACUCCGCCCAAACCAGCUAUUUAUCCCAAAAAGAAGACGCAGGUUAAGUCUCCAGGGACAACAGCUCCAAUAGUCCUACCUUCUAUGACUAGUGGUGCACCUGUAGAGGCCAUGGGUUUGUUAAAGAACCAUGUAGUACCUACUACAAAAGUAUAUACCCCUACACCACCUCCUGUGCCUCCCAAGCCAUCUUCAAUUCCAGCAGGGCUUGUAUUCAGUCAUAGAUCUGUUGAGGUAACUAAGCCUCCAAUUGCUCCUAAGCCAGCAGUUCCUCCUCUCCCAAUAGUAGUUCAUAAGCCAGCAGAAACACAGCCAAAACCAAUAGGCUUGUCAUUAACCACUAGUAUGACUUUGAAUUUGGUUCCUUCAGCUGAGUGCAAGUUGACAUCCCCUACAUCCCCUUUAUCUCCUCACUCUAACAAGUCUUCACCAAGGUUGACCAAAUCUUUACAAGAAACCUAUGUUGUUAUCACGUUGCCAUCUGAACCUGGAACUCCUACAGAGUCCAUAACUAGUCAGGCUGUCACCAGUUGGCCUUUGGGCUCACCUUCUAAAGAACAGGUUCCCCAGACUGUGAGGCCUCAAUUUAUUCCAUCCAUAAAAGCUAUGGAAACUCAAAGUAUGGCAGAUCUGAACAUGUAUGAUUCUGGUGUUUUGCAAACUUUUCCUGUUACAGCACAGUCGACUUUUGAAACCGCCCCUAGUUCAGUAACAGAAUUAAUAACAACAGCGGUUACCAAGACCACCGUUUCUGUGGUUAAAGGCUCAGUGCCGAGUGUUGGAUUAGGCAGCGUCUCUAUUACUAUACCUCCAGAGCCAAUGCACAUGGUAGAGCAAACCAGGUAUAGAGAGAAUGGAAGGUUCCAUCCAUUUGGUGAUGUUAUUGAUCUUCGAACUUUAACAAAGAUGGAUAUUGAAAUGACAAACAGCUGUAUGGAUCUGUCUGCUGUUUCCAUGGAUGUGAGAAGGCAAGCAAUAGCAAGUGAUAUAUCUGGGCGGCCAGUAAGUGCUGUCCAGCCAGCUAUCAUAAAUCUUAGCACUGCAUCAACUGCAGAACCUUCUCUAGCUCUAGUCACUGAAACAGUAACUAUAAUGACUUGUACAGCUACUGUAAGCUACACUGCCAGUACAGAAAGCCUUGUGGAUUUGGGACAUGGAAUGACAACACCAUUGCAGCUGACAACAUCAAAACAUUUUGAGCCUGCAUACAGAGUAACAGGCAGCCAGGCGUUCUCUGUAGGUAGAGAUGAAGUGCCAAUAAACUUAUCCUUAGGUACUUCAACACAUGCAGUGACAUGGGCUACAACAAAGCCUGUCACUGUCCCUCCUGUUGGUGCGACAAAUGGUUGGACUGAUGUCUCUGCUUCUCAGGAGCCAAUGGAGGAUGGAGCAGUUGAUCUUAGCACCACAAAAUCUCACAGAACAAUGGUGACAGCAGAUGAAGCUAUGUCAGGGGUUAUCACCACAUUAAUAGAAGAUGAUGAAAAACCUGUUGAUUUGACUGCAGGGAGAAGAGCUGUUUGUUGUGAUAUGGUUUAUAAAUUACCAUUUGGCAGGAGCUGUACAGCACAACAGCCUCCAACCACACUGCCUGAAGAUCGAUUUGGUUACAGAGAUGACCAUUAUCAGUAUGAUCGCUCGGGGUCAUAUAGUUACAGAGCAUUUGGGGGUAUGAAACCAUCCAUGUCUGAUACUAAUUUAUCAGAAGCUGGACUUUUUGCAUAUAAGAGCAAGAAUAGCUUUGAGUAUCGAGUUGGGGCAACAGAUGCAGCAGUAGAUCUAACUUCUGGAAGAGUAACUACAGGUGAGGUUAUGGAUUACUCAAGCAAGACCACUGGUCCUUAUCCAGAGACUCGACAAGUGAUUUCUGGCAUCGGGAUCAGUGCACCACAGUAUUCCCAAGCAAGAAUGGUACCUUCCCUGUUCGGUGUUGGAAGUGUUUUAAGAUCAUCAAAUGGUGUUGUUUAUUCCUCGGUUGCAACUCCAAUACCAUCCACAUUUGCCAUAACUACACAGCCUGGUUCUAUUUUCAGUACAACUGUCAGAGAUUUAUCUACUCUCCAAACAAUUGACUCAGUGUCCUCACUAUCAUCUUUGCAACAGAAUCAACCACUUCCAAGAUCAUACAGUUUCUUGACAACCGUGGCAGCUGAAAAAGACAGUGCGAUUGUUGGCAUUGAUAUUGACACAGGGUUGCAACCUCUUGCUAUAGAAACUAUUACUACCGAGACAACCAGCCUGAUGCCUACUUUAACUACUGCUUCUGAAGGCUUUACAGAUGUCAUUGAAGAUGAAGUUGCACUUCUCGUUGCCCCUGAAGAAGAUAAACAGCAGCAGCUUGACUUGGAGCGUGAACUUCUUGAGCUUGAGAAACUUAAGCAACAGCGCUUUGCAGAGGAAUUAGAGUGGGAGCGUCAGGAAAUUCAAAGGUUUAGAGAACAAGAAAAGUUUAUGGUGCAAAAGAAGCUGGAGGAAUUGCAAUCCAUGAAGCACCAUCUCUUAUUCCAACAAGAGGAGGAGCGGCAAGCCCAGUUUAUGAUGAGACAGGAGACAUUAGCUCAACAGCAGUUACAGCUUGAGCAAAUCCAGCAACUUCAGCAACAGCUUCACCAGCAGCUGGAAGAGCAAAAGAUUCGCCAGAUAUAUCAAUAUAAUUAUGACCCUUCUGGAAAUGUCUCCCCACAAACAACCACAGAUCAAGUCCUUCUGGAAGGACAAUAUGCUGCUACAGAAAAUGGCCAGUUUUGGACUAGUGAUGACACGACCACAACAGCUUCAGCUGUGCUGGGCAUUGAAAUUCCACAAAGUCAGACAUGGUACACAGUUCAGUCAGAUGGCGUUGCCCAGUAUAUAUCUAGACCUGGUAUGCUAAGCUCUGUUUCAGAAAUGUCUCUAAAGGAUAUUGAUGCAAGAGAGGAGAAACAACUGAAGAAGAGGAGCUCCAUGCCAAAGUUACGUGGUCAGUAUGAUGAGCUUGAUGAGACCCUAGAAGAAGAUCCCAGGUGUUUUAAAAAGAUCAUGGACAGUGGAGUACAAACUGAUGAUGAAGAUGGUGCAGAUCGGGGCUACACAAACAGGAGAAGGAGGACAAAGAAGAGUGUUGAUACAAGUGUUCAGACGGAUGAUGAAGAUCAAGAAGAAUGGGAUCUUUCCAGCAGAUCAAGAAGGAAAGCUCGUGUGGGGAAAUAUAAUGAGGGCACCUCUGAGGUAGACAAAAGUAAGCCAUUUUCCAAAGUGUCUAGCAUUGCAGUUCAGACAGUGGCAGAGAUCUCAGUACAAACAGAACCUGUAGGGACAAUUCGAACCCCUUCAAUAAGAGCCAGAUUGGAUGCUAAGGUUGAAAUCAUAAAACACAUUUCAGCCCCAGAAAAGACAUAUACAGGAGAAAGUUUGGGGUGUCAAACAGAAACGGAUUCAGAUACACAAAGUCCCCAGUACUUGACAACCACAUCUCCUCAGAAGGACAAAAAGCGCCCAACACCACUAGAAAUAGGCUACUCAUCUCAUCUGCGUGCAGACUCUACACUGCAGGUAGUCCCUUCCCCUCCCAAGUCUCCCAAAGUUCUCUAUUCACCCAUUUCACCAGUUUCACCAAGCAAAGUUAUAGAGUCAGCCUUUGUACCCUAUGAAAAACCCAUCACUGAUGACAUCAGCCCUCAGAAGAUACUGCAUGCUGAUAUUGCCAACGUUCCUCCACCCAGCCCAAAGUCAGCAAAGAUGAUGCAACGUUCACUAUCUGAUCCUAAGCCCCUGAGUCCCACAGCAGAAGACAGUUCCAGAACUCAGUUUCAAUACACUGAGGGUUUCAUGACUAAAGGGUCUUCAACUAUAACACCAUCAGGUACCCAGAAGAAGGUAAAGAGGACUCUGCCCAACCCACCUCCAGAAGAUGCAACAACAGGGACCCAGUCAGCAUACAGUACUGUGGGUUCGGUUUCCCGCAGAAGGAUUUGUAGGACCACCACAAUGGCCAGAGCCAAAAUUCUCCAAGACAUAGACAGGGAGUUGGAUCUGGUAGAACGGGAAUCAGCCAAGCUUAGAAAGAAGCAAGCAGAGCUAGAUGAGGAAGAAAAAGAAAUAGAUGCCAAACUGAGGUAUCUGGAAAUGGGUAUAAAUAGGAGAAAAGAAGCCUUGUUAAAGGAAAGAGAAAAGAGAGAGCGUGCCUACCUCCAAGGAGUAGCGGAAGAACGGGACUACAUGUCAGACAGCGAAGUUAAUAAUGCCAGAUCUACCAGAAUAGAAACUCAGCAUGGCUUGGAAAGACCACGAACAGCACCACAGACAGAAUUUAAUCAAUUUAUGCCACCUCAGACCCAGCCGGAAACUCAGUUUGCUCCUGCUACAAGCCCUUAUACACAGUAUCAGUACUCUUCUCCUGCCCUGCCCACUCAAGCACCAACACAGUAUACACAACAGUCACAUUACCAGCAGCAGCAGCCUUUAUAUCAUCAGCAGGUUUCACCCUAUCAGACCCAGCCAGCUUUCCAGGCAGGAGCUACUCUAUCUUUUACUCCCCAACCUCAGCCUCCACCAACCCAACAGCCGUCCUACCAGCUGCCUUCACAAAUGAUGGUGAUACCACAAAAGCCAAGGCAAGCUGCUUUAUAUUUGGAACCUAAGAUAACCACAAACUAUGAUGUGAUUCGCAAUCAGCCUCUCAUGAUAGCUCCUGUUUCAACUGACAAUAAUUAUGCAGUUUCCCAGCUUGGCAGCAAAUACAAUACUUUGGACUUAAGGAUAGGGCUGGACGAGAGAAGUAGUAUGGCUAGCAGCCCUAUAUCAAGUAUAUCGGCAGAGUCAUUCUAUGCAGACAUAGAUCAUCACCACGCUCCACGAAAUUAUGUGUUGAUUGAUGAUAUUGGGGAACUUACAAAGGGCACAGGAACGCUCAGCUCUGCUUUUAGCCUCCAUGAGAAAGAUCUUACAAAAACAGAUCGACUCCUUCGAACCACCGAAACCAGGAGGGCUCAGGAAGUGACAGACUUCCUUGCACCAUUGCAGACUUCUUCAAGACUGCACACUUAUGUUAAAGCGGAUGAAGACCCCAUGGAAGACCCUUACGAGCUGAAGCUUUUAAAGCAUCAGAUCAAGCAGGAGUUCCGCAGAGGUGCAGAAAGUCUUGAUCACCUUGCUGGCCUUUCCCAGUAUUACCAUGCAGAUACCGGUUACAGGCAUUUCCCCAAAUCGGAGAAAUAUAGCAUAAGCAGGCUUACCCUUGAGAAACAGGCUGCCAAGCAGCUCCCAGCAGCCCUCCUCUACCAGAAACAAUCGAAGCAUAAGAAGGCUUUGAUAGACCCCAAAUUAUCAAAGUUUUCACCUAUCCAAGAGAGCAGGGAUCUCGAGCCUGAUUAUUCAAGCUAUAUGACUUCCAGUACUUCAUCACUUGGGGGAAUAACCUCCAGAGCAAGGCUUCUUCAGGAUGAUAUCACCUUUGGCCUCCGAAAAAAUAUCACGGACCAACAGAAAUUUUUGGGGCCAUCGCUGACAUCAUCCAUUGGAGCAAGCCUUGGGUCUGCACUAGGUCCAACAAUGAGAUCCACAUUACAAGAUGAAGCUGAUAAGUCGUAUAGUAGUGGCAGUAGAUCAAGGCCAUCAUCCAGACCCUCCUCAGUCUAUGGACUUGAUUUAUCCUUAAAAAGAGAUUCCUCAAGCUCCUCUUUAAGAUUGAAAGCCCAAGAGGCUGAGCCACUAGAUGUUUCCUUUAGUCAUGUAGCACCUUCUGGAAGAACAAAACCAACUAGUCUGCCCAUUAGCCAAAGCAGGGGAAGAAUCCCAAUAGUAGCACAGAACUCAGAGGAAGAAAGCCCAUUAAGUCCUGUUGGUCAGCCAAUGGGAAUGGCUAGAGCUGCCGCUGGCCCCUUGCCACCAAUAUCUGCAGAUACCAGAGACCAAUUUGGAUCAAGCCAUUCACUACCUGAGGUCCAGCAACAUAUGAGGGAAGAGUCACGGACUCGAGGCUAUGAUCGGGAUAUAGCAUUCAUCAUGGAUGAUUUCCAGCAUGCCAUGUCAGACAGCGAAGCCUAUCAUCUCCGUCGUGAAGAAACAGAUUGGUUUGACAAGCCCAGGGAGUCUCGUUUGGAGAAUGGACAUGGCCUUGAAAGAAAACUGCCUGAGAAAUUAUCCCAUUCAAGACCACCAAGUCAACAUCAAGACCAAAUAAAUGGGAAGCCUCUUCAGUACAUUUUCCCUCAUGCAAGACUCAAGAUACUGAGAGACCCAAAGGAUCACACCGUUUCAGGCAACGGACUGGGAAUCCGAGUUGUAGGUGGGAAAGAAAUCCCAGGAAACAGUGGAGAAAUUGGAGCUUACAUUGCUAAAAUCCUCCCUGGGGGCAGUGCAGAGCAGACAGGGAAGCUGAUGGAAGGAAUGCAAGUAUUGGAAUGGAAUGGCAUCCCCUUGACUGGGAAGACUUAUGAAGAAGUCCAGAGUAUCAUUAGUCAACAAAGUGGGGAAGCAGAAAUAUGUGUAAGACUGGACCUCAACAUGCUCUCAGAUUCUGAGAAUCCUCAGCACCUGGAGCUGCAUGAUCCAGUAAAAGCUGUAGACAAGGCAAAGUCCCCAGGGGUUGAUCCGAAGCAGCUGGCUGCAGAACUCCAAAAGGUGUCUCUACAGCAGUCCCCGCUAGUUGCUUCCUCAGCAGUGGAGAAGGGAUCUCAUGCUCAUUCUGGCACUACUUCUGCCACCUCCAGUGCUGUUCCCAGCCCUGGCCAACCUGGUUCCCCUUCAGUGAGCAAAAAACGACACAGCAGCAAGCCCACUGAAGGCACGAAGUCUGCAUCCCAUCCAAUCACUGGAGAAAUUCAGCUUCAAGUCAACUAUGACAAGCACCUUGGCAAUCUUAUCAUCCACAUUCUUCAGGCAAGAAAUCUUGCUCCCCGAGACAACAAUGGCUAUUCUGACCCUUUUGUUAAAGUUUAUCUCCUUCCAGGGAGAGGACAAGUCAUGGUUGUCCAGAAUGCAAGUGCUGAGUACAAGCGGAGGACUAAAUACGUGCAGAAAAGCUUGAAUCCUGAAUGGAAUCAGACGGUCAUUUAUAAAAAUAUCUCCAUGGAGCAGCUGAAGAAGAAGACACUGGAAGUGACUGUCUGGGAUUAUGAUAGAUUUUCCUCCAAUGACUUUCUUGGUGAAGUAUUGAUUGAGCUAUCCAGCACGUCUCAGCUUGACAACACCCCACGGUGGUACCUUUUGAAGGAACAGACCGAAAGCAUCGAUCAUGGGAAAUCCCAUUCUGGACAGAGUAGCCAGCAAUCACCAAAGCCAUCGGUCAUCAAAAGUAGAAGCCAUGGAAUCUUCCCAGAUCCAUCCAAGGACAUGCAGGUGCCCACCAUUGAAAAAUCCCACAGUAGUCCAGGGAGCUCCAAAUCUUCCUCUGAAGGACAUCUACGCUCUCAUGGACCAUCCCGCAGCCAAAGCAAAACCAGCGUCACUCAAACUCACCUUGAAGACGCUGGGGCAGCAAUCGCCGCUGCUGAAGCAGCUGUCCAACAGCUUCGCCUCCAACCAACAGCACAUAAAAGCGGUCAGUCUAAUCAUGCCAGGAAGCAGCACAGACACAGCAUAGCAGGAGUCCUCCCAAUUCAAAGAACUCAGUCUGACAAUCUGCCUCCACCAGCCAAUGACAACAAAGACCAAAGCCAACUAGCCCUCAGGAAAGUGAUGUCAGAUGGACCAGUCAAGCCCGAAGGAGCAAGGCCUACCAAUCACCGACCUGCAGAAAGUUCUGUCUCCACUGGCUCGUCAGCCAGUAGCUUUGGCAGUGGAUACAGUGUGGAUAGUGAAGGAAGCAGCAGCACAACAGGAGAAAAUAAUCUUUUUCCCAUUCCAAGAAUAGGGAAGAUGAGCCAGAAUGGACCAGACCCAGUAAAGCAGCCAGGAGUGGGAAUAACUGAUACAGAAGGUAAAACCCAGGUGAUGGGUGAAAUUAAGAUUGCAUUAAAGAAGGAGAUGAAGACUGAUGGAGAACAGCUGAUAGUAGAAAUACUUCAAUGCAGAAACAUAACCUACAAGUUUAAAUCUCCAGAUCAUCUUCCAGAUCUUUAUGUGAAGCUGUAUGUUGUCAAUAUCUCUACUCAAAAGAGAGUCUUUAAGAAGAAAACACGGGUGUGCAGGCAUGACCGAGAACCUUCAUUCAAUGAGACUUUUAGAUUUAGCUUGAGUCCUGCUGGGCACUCUCUUCAGAUUCUGCUCGUCUCCAAUGGAGGGAAGUUUAUGAAAAAGACCUUGAUUGGGGAAGCUUAUAUCUGGCUUGACAAAGUGGAUCUUAGGAAAAGAAUAGUAAACUGGCACAAACUGUUGGUCAGCUCCACACAAACGCAUUGAGCAGUUCUGUCUGCUUAGGUCACCAAACCUUGCUGAGUCUGCUAUAAACAGCAUCACUCCAAGACUAUAGUUUGAUAUCAUUGUGUUUAGCUAGGCUUUCAGAAAACAAAGUAGGAAAGAGCAGGCUCUGGGCUACAUAGCACACUUAAAUGAGGGCUAGUAACUUAUUUUGCUGCAUAACACAGCAAAGGAAAUAUCUGAGCCUAGAACUUAAAGUGAGGCUGUUUGCAAAGAAGACUGAUGUGAGGGCUCUGCAAUGCUGGACUCUUUGUGGCUGUCAAGAACGUAACUCUGAAAGGAAUAAUGAAGGCUUGAGGGGAAGGCAUUAAUGCACAGAGUUCAGCUGUAGCUGGAGGUAAUGUGUCUGAGAGAGUAAUCUGGUGUUCUGUGCAACCAGAAGGAAAUCAUCUUAUGCAACAGCACCUAGGGUGACUGACUUUCCAAAUCUCACUUUUCAGAAGUGUAAACCUUGUUCCUCUGCACCUUAGAAUCUCUGAUAAUUUGUUGUAGUGAGAUUGUGCCACAGGACCCAAACUGCAGGCUGUCUGCAGUGGUGGAAACAUUAUUUAACACUCUGUUUGUGUUUUUUGUUUUCCAAGGAGACAUUUGUGUGUGUGUGUGUCUGUGUGUGUGUGUGUGUGUGUGUGUGUGUAUUAAUGCUGGAUGUACGUUACCAUCCUGGAAUGUAAAGGGUUAAAAGCACAUUGAUGAACUAUUUUUUGGAGUGUGGUUGGAAAGAGAAAGGACAGGAUGGAAAUUGCACCAAAUAAAGGGGGAAAAAUAUAGUGAUUUUUAAAAAGAAAAUUAUUAACUACAAUUCAUUUUACCUAUGGGGUCAGCAGUUUAUAAAAGCAGGUUUUUUCUUGGGGGGGCGCAGGGGUGUUAAGCCUUGGGAUCAAUAGUAUCAUUUAAACUAUUUCUUGUUUUCCCAACCAUCAGCCUUACCCAGACUGCUUAAGGGCAGUAAAGUUUAAAAUAUUUAGUAUGCACUCCAAAACAGUAGACCCACUGUGCUAAUGCUACCCCGGUCUUUGUGGGGUCCUACACCAACUUCAGUGACACACUUCUUGACAUCUAAAGCAAGAAACAAGAAGUAAAUGAGAUGUUUCGUAUCUGCAGAUAGUUGCAUUAAUAAACAUUGAGAAUUUCCUCUUAGUAACUCAGGUGAAUGACUGAAAAUAGUCCACUCUAAAGUGGCUUGUCAGUUGUGAAAGAAGUAAUUAUAGAAAGGUCAUUUGCAACACCAUAAUUUAAGGCCGUGUCAGCGCUUCCAAAUUAAAAGCCUUAUUUUCAGGGGCUUAAAACUACAGGAGUAACAGUUUCAUUUGGGAUAGGGAUGCAAAGGGGAUUUGAAACUGGGUGUGAUAUUUUCCUUCUUACUCAAUUUAAAGCAAAAGGACACCGCUUGCGUCAUUCCUUUAACUGUAGAAAUCGUUAAUGAUGAAUCAAUCAACAUGGUAUUGCCUCCCUUGAGACUCCAAAAUGUCUUCAUGUUUCAUAGCCUCAUUUUUAAAAUGAUUUCACAGGUGAUUACCCGGAAAUAGCAGCUAAUGGCCUUUGCAUGUUUAAGAAACAGUGACCAAAAUUUCAAAAUUUGGUGAAUGUUUACUGUUUUUGCCCAACAAAAGCUUUUUACAAAUAAUUUUAAGUGUGUUUUUUGUAGCUUGACCUGACUUACAUGGAAAAUAGAAAGUAUUCCCUUUGAAUAAAUAUGACAUGCUUUAAAUAAAGAUAAAUACAACUAGAUUAGGAAUUGGAUUCAUUUUGAAAGAGCUAGUGCACAUAUUUGAUUUUUUUUUUUUUACUUUUUUUUUAUUUCAUUCAGAUUUAAAAAUAACACCAUGGAAAUAAUUCAUUACAAAAUAUUAAGGCUACAUAAAGUAAAGUCCAAGUUAGGGUUUGGGUACAUACCAUGUUUCAUUUGUAACAGUGUAGUCUUGCUACAAUGAGCUAAGUUCUCAUAAGAACAUAAUGUCAUUGUCAAUGCGUACGGCAUAUGCAUUUAGUUAGAAUGUUAUGAUUUCAUCCCAACUCUCCUCUUCUUUAUAAACAGUCCUUCGGAGUUAAUAUAAGAUAGUCUUCAUAUUGUGAAAUUGUAUAUGUUGUUAUAUGGAUAAUAAAAUAUCUCAAAGCAAAAUCCCAAACUCAACCAAAAAACCUUGAGUGGAUAGUUAACAAAAAUGGGGAAAAAGAAGAAAAAAAAAGAAAAACCAGAUCUUUUACAUAUGUAUUGCUUGUUUUUUGGAUUAUUUUGAAUUCCUUAUGACUACAGUAUGUCCAUUCUGUUUUUAAAACGUCCAGUUUCAAUUACUGCAUGAAGAACAAGCAGCGAGAUGUGCAAUUUUGUGCAAACUGCUGGUAAUUUUGUUCUUGCUAAGAUUUAUUAUGAAGACAGCAAGUCAUGCUGAUGGUUGCUAUGGAGAUUUCCAGCAGGAGCUAGCACUAACUGGAUGGCUUACUGGGAAGCCUGUAAUCAUCAGUCUUAAUUGACAAAAGCAGGCAGGCAUGCUUUGGUCUCACACACACACACACAUACAUGUGUCCUGUAUUUUUAUGAAACUGGACUGUUUGGUUGGUGCGGCUGAGGCUGAAGAAAAAGUCGCAGUUUCUUUGGAAUCAGCCGUCGGUAACUCAUUUAAUUUAUGCAUCUUUGAUUCUCUGAACUGCAUCAAAAACAUUUUUUGUAUAUUGAAAUGCCCGUGUUGGAAUCCCAUCCCAAAAUGCAAAGGGCAGGGGGAUGUCAGGAAAUCUGGCCUCGAUCAGCACUGACUUGACCACGUGCAGCAAGUACAGGACUUCUUUAGUGUCAUCCUUGUUAUCCUUUGAAGAGAGCUAGCUAGUGACAGAGCUGGGUCCUUGCACUCUCCCUUUUCAGAGGAAGCAUCAAUUCAGAGGCUGGAAGAUGCUUUCAAAGUGUGCCAAGUUCUUUUUUUGACCAAAUUUCUAGUUCUAGGUUGUACUGGAAUCAUUCUAUGCAACACUAAGUCAUGUUUGAAUGCUAUUUUCUUUUUUCUUUUUUUGUGAAUGAAGUCAGGAAAAAUAAAACCCUCCUAGUGACAAUAUAUUUUUUUUUUAAAGUCAAACAAGGACAAUUAAGAUUUUUUACUUUUUUGUAUAUAUAUCAGCAUAUUUUUUUCACUUUUUUCUCAAUUUUUUUGUUUCUUCUAGCUGGCCAAAAAUGCUUAAAUGUGGUGACAGCUCUUAACAUCUCUGGAUGAUUGCUUAUUAAUGCAUUCAUAGAUUUCUAAGAUUUCUUUGAAGAUUCAUCUUGCAGUAGGCAAUGGCAGAGGCAUUUUAACUUUUUUUUUUAUUUCAUACAUCUGCUGAGUCAACAGAAGUUGAAGCUGCUUCUUUGUUCUAGGCCUUGUACAGUGGAAACAAGCUGAAAAAAUGAGCAAAAGCACAGUGUGUGUGUGUUUACAAAUGCCAGGGAUUUCUAAUGUUGUCAUUAUUUUAUGCAUACAAUGAGCAGCAAACAGCUAUUUUUUUUUUCUUGGUUCAAACUAGACAAGAGUUUCUAUGAUGAAUGUUGAGCUAGUUCUUUAUCAUUACACUUUAAAGGGAUAGUAUCCAGGGGCAAUACAAGUGCUGCUUCUUUAUGAUUACCCACAUUUCUACAUUACAUUCACCUUGCUGGAAGAAAUAAGGUCCAGGCCAAAGCCUACUGAAGUCACUGGUUGCCUUUCCAUUGGCUUCAGAAGGGUUUGUAUCAAGACUGAGGAACUGGUAGUUAGUUGUCUGGAUGCUUGAGUGUUCAAAUGGUCAGACUGUGGGGUAUUGUAGCUGGUAACCAGCCAAUAGUGACUCUUACUCUAGGGAUGAUGAAGAUGAAGAAAAAGAAAACAUCUAUUAUAUUGUAAGCUAGUGUGCCCUAUAGAGAUUAUUUAAUUAGCAUUUAGUUUCACUGAGAUUUCAUAAAGAUAUUAAUAGUAUUUUUUUAUCUUAUUAUUUGAAUCAUAUCUGGCAAUAUUUUUAAGUACUUUAUUUUCAUUGCUAUAGUUUCUUAGUUCCCCAGAUUCCAUUGUCUAUCUACCUAGAUAUGUACAUACCUAAAUGUAUCACAGAGAAAAUUGCAUCUGUGUGACUGAAACUUGAAACGGUAAUGAAACAGAGAGGAACUUCAGUGUAAGUAUCCACCUACAUAACAUUAGGGGCCCAAUCUUCCAUUCCUGUAGUGCUUUGGGUGUACCUGGAAUGUGGGAUUGGAUGCUCUUUUUGAAUAACUAGUUGCCUUUAGUAAGAAAGUAGAAAGAAUAAGCAAAUCCGGAUACUCUCUCUUUAAAUCAUACGAUGCAUUUUGACGUUUUCUGUAUGUUUUGUUUUAUUCUUUAAAAAAAAAAAUUAAAAAAAAUAAUAUACUGAGGAGCUCAAAAGUUAUAAUAUAUAUAUAUAUAUAAGUAUAUAUCCAUAACUCAGAAUAGGUGAUUUGAGAGAAAGCAGUUUUCUUAAUUUGUUACCCUGUAAAUAAAUAUACAUUUUUGUAUAUGAAUUGAGUUUAAAUUAUUAAUUCCAUCUGGCGUCCAAGCAUGUGAAUGUGAACCUUAUUUGACUGUAUCUUGUAUAAAUGUGCAGUGAUGUGCUCAGGUGCUCAACAAUGGCUGACUAGCGUGUGUGCUGUCAUGCUAUCAGAUGACGUGUACAGCAUACCCAAUAUUUAAAAAAACCCCCACAAAAAUACCUUAAAAAAAAAAAAAUAGUCCUUGAAGAAAUGUAAUGUUUCCACAAUGAAUGUUGCAUGCAUUGAUGGUGGUUUGUUAAUAUUCCUUUUUUGUUUGUUUUUUUAUUUUGCUUCCAAAUUCUUUUGAAAAAACAGACAGACUUAUUCGAAAAGUUGUAUAAAUUGAAACAAAUCCAGUAUGAGAACUGUAUAAAGAAAUGCUUGUAAAUCUGUCUCAGUUUUCAUUCUAUGUAUAAAUCCAUGUCAUGGUUUUGUGAUUGUAUACAGGAUGUAUCUGGAGAACUUAUGCAAACUGUGCUGUAUAAAGGCUGUUAUCCCAGUCUGACUAAUAAAUAUUUAAAAUAUC